AUGCGCCUCCGCGAUCUGAUCCGACAGGUGCGCGGCGCGAGGACGGCCGCCGAUGAGCGAGCCGUGGUCGACAGGGAGAGCGCCAAUAUUCGCGAAAGCUUCAGAGACGAUGAAUCGCCGUGGAAAUGCCGAAAUAUCGCCAAGCUGCUCUACAUCCACAUGCUCGGCUAUCCGGCCCAUUUUGGACAGAUGGAAUGCAUGAAGCUGGUGGCGCAGCCUCGAUUCACCGACAAACGCAUCGGAUAUCUGGGGGCAAUGCUGUUGCUGGAUGAGAGGGCCGAAGUCCAUCUCCUCGUCACCAAUUCCCUCAAAAACGACCUGAACUCUCAGACGCAAUUCGUGACGGGUCUCGCCCUCUGCACCCUCGGCUCGAUCUGCUCGGCGGAAAUGUGCCGAGAUUUGGCGAGUGAGGUGGAGCGCCUCGUCCGCAGCAGCAACACGUACAUCAAGAAGAAGGCCGCCCUCUGCGCAUUUCGCAUCGUCAGGAAGGUGCCCGAGCUGAUGGAGGUGUUCAUCACGUGUACUCGAUCGUUGUUGGGUGAGAAGAACCAUGGGGUGUUGAUGGGUGCCACGACUCUUGUGACGGAGAUGUGCGAACGGAGCCCCGAUGUCCUCGAUCACUUCAAGAGGGUCAGCAGCUACAAAUGUACAACAAUGAAUCUGCUGAUGAGCGGCUACAGCCCGGAGCACGACGUGACGGGGAUCAGUGACCCGUUCCUCCAAGUGAAACUGUUGCGUCUGUUGCGUGUCCUCGGCAAAGAUGAUCCCCGGGCCACCGAGGAGAUGAACGACAUUCUCGCACAGGUGGCGACGAACACGGAGACGGCAAAGAAUGUGGGCAACGCCAUUCUGUACGAGACGGUGCUCACAAUUAUGGAGAUCAAGAGCGAGCCGGGUCUCCGCGUGUUGGCUGUGAAUAUUCUCGGACGAUUCCUAUCCGCUAUGUCGCCCUCAAUACGCUGCUCAAGACCGUCUCUGUCGACUAUCAGAGUACAGCGUCACCGGACGACGGUUGUGGAUUGCCUGAAAGACCCGGAUGUCUCGAUUCGAAAACGUGCAAUGGAGCUGUGUUUUGCCCUGAUCAACCGUUCCAAUAUCACCCAAAUGACCACCGAAGUCCUCAGUUUCCUCGACACCGCCGACCCUGAAUUCAAGGCGGAAUGCGCGUCGAAAAUGUACGUGGCCACCGAGCGGUUCUCCCCCUCAAAGGAAUGGCAUUUUCGAUACGAUGGUUCGAGCUCUCGAGCUCGUAUGUUUUGCAGACUGCUCGGCAGAAGCACGCGUACACCAUCAAAUUUCGUCUCGGUAGAAACGAUGGAUGAUCAAAUGAUGCGAGAUGAUGAGGAGGCUUUCGUCUGGGACGUCGCCAAUAUCACCGCCGUCUACAACGAGCUGAUGGUGUCAAAAUGCUGGGUUCGCGCGGGCACGAUGCUCAAGUAUUUUCGAGAUUUCGACGGCGCGAUCGUGGACAAGAGCGUGCUAGACGCUGCUGAAAUCUUACUACUGCAAUGCCUUGCCACGCUCGGACGCGACGUGAUCGGCCUCUUUCACAAGAUUUCAAUGAUGCUCGCCCCGAUGGCACAAAGACCCGAUCUCCACGUCCCGAUUAUGCAGGAGCUUGCGAGUGCGUCGAGCCCAGACAGCCGCGUGAACGUUUGCAAAGUGAUGAGUUUCGCUUGCGAUAUCGGCAACGUCUACCCGGAAAUGGUCGAGUAUAUUCCCUAUCUCAUUCAGAAUCUCGUCGGCAACGAUCUUUCCGCACAGAUCAGGACGAUGCAACGUUUGAACCAAAUGGCCACGCACAAGCGGCUGAAGCUGCAUAGAGGAUACGUCACGGACUCCGAUGCGCCCAACGCCGUCUACGCCAGAUUUCAAGCCGCCAUGCACACAAGAGGCGAUGAGCAGAUCAUUCCCCUGUGCGUCGUUUUUCUCGGAAAAAUUGUUUUUUAUGACCCGAGCCAUCUCGAAAAUUGGAGCGAAUUUGUGAAUUUAUCCGUACAAUAUUUGGUCAAUUUUCGCUCGUCUCUCGGCGAGCAGCGGAGUGACCUCAUAUUCAACCUCUUCGUCGACGUAGCCGGGAGCAAAGAGGGAAAAGUGAUGCUCGAACAGCGGGCCGGCGUUCUAUGUUGCCAGCGAUUCAUUGAGCACUUCGUCAACUGCAUCAACAACGUGCGCCAUAAACAGCGUGCGGGCUUUCUAGGCCGAUUCGCGGCAAUUUUUUCCAACCACCCUCAUCACGCCGAGGAAGCCGCAAAGCCCUGGUUCCAAUGGUUGGGAAUUUCUUUUCCCCAGCACGUAUUUGAUUUUGUCCGGAACCCAUCCUUUGAGAUGAAACAUGCCGGUUUCACAGCCCUCGGCGCCAUCAUCCGCUUUGAGUUUGGCCUGGUGGCCAUGUUUUCAUUGGAAAAUUUUUACGAAUGGCUCUGCGGCGCGACGGAGACUAUCUACUCAAUGACUGAAAAGAAGGACGAAAUCAUCGAUCACGUCAUCGGAUCAAAAUCAUCGAUCAUCACGUGGGAGAUGCGACAUAAGCUGCGAUCCCGUGCCACGAAUCCC